UGGGAGUCCCCUGACAGAUGCAGGCUUGGCCCUCCUCAACCCUGCUCUCUCCAUCCACCCCUCGCUGGUGGCUCUGGAUCUAGGAGACUGCAUGCUGGGUGAUGAAGGCAUCAACCUUAUCUGUGGGCUCCUGCCGCCUGACGGGGCCAAGUCCGGCCUCAAAGAGCUAACGCUGAGCGCCAACCCAGGAAUCACAAGCAAAGGCUGGGGACGCCUGGCUAUUGCCGUGGCUCACAGCUCACAGCUCCGCGUGCUAAACCUGGACUACAACCCCCUAGGUGACCAGGUAGCAGGGAUGCUUGCUGUUGCUGUGGCCUCCAGUCGAACCCUUGAAGUUCUGGACUUGGAGGGAACGGGACUUACCAACCACUCAGCCCAGACCUUGCUGGACAUGGUAGAGAAUUACCCCACAGCCCUACGGACACUCAUCCUGGCAGAGAACAACAUUAGUCCCGAGCUGCAGCAGCAGAUCUCUGACCUGCUCUCAGAGGGUGAGGAAGAAGAGGAGCCGGAGGCUCAUGAAGUCACAGCCAGAGAGAAGAACCCCUGGAUCUGCCAGAACAAUUCCAGCUCCCAGAUGGUCCUGAUGACGUCAGGUCUUGGUGACAGCCUCUUAGCAGAAACAGAAAUGUAGCUGGGCUACCCUGCCUGCUUCUGCCGAGAAGAACACCGUGCCCGCUGGUGGAGCAUGCGUCCACCAGCCCCCCUGCCUCAGGUGGGCUGCCCCAGCCAUCUUCUCACACAUUUCACGUCCUGUCGAUGCCUCCCUCGGCUCGCCAAGUGCUGGAGCCUGGUCUGAGCAAAUCUCUACACACGUCUCUGUGUUGUCACACGCCCCGUCGGCUGCUUGUGAUUGUGCAGUUGCUGCAUGUGUAGCUCACGCUGCCCUGUCUCUCCCCCCGUGCCCAGCUGUGCCUGCAGGGCACAGGCUGUAUUUAUUCAGAUGUGUAUAAAAGAUGUUCUUUCUAUUGCUUGUACUGCUGUCACGAUGAGAGUUUUAUAAAGGUCACAGACGUGGCAC